CUAAAUCUAGACGUGUUAAAGAACCAAAAAAUAAUUWAAAAAAAAAAACAUAAAACAGAACAAAAAGACGAAACGAGGAAUCACUGGUGGGUGGUGUGGGUGAUUUUGAAAUCUGCUCUAUGAGAAGAGAAAGGGUUAAAGAGAGAAGAAAAACACAAGUGAAAUUACAAGGACAAUCGAGAAAAAUUGGAAUAUACCGACGGGAAAAUGUCGCUAAUCGAUGGUCUCAGGACGUGAGUGAGAUAGUUGAAGUAUUAAAGUGCCAAUAAGCGAAUGAAAAAACUUCCAUCCCUGAUUACGAUAAGAAAAAAAACAACAACAAUACGGAGGAUUUCAACAAUAUGUCUUACCUAGCUUUGGACUCCAACGCAUGGCAGUUGUGACCGAAGAACGGUGCUCGACCUUUGGAUGAUAAUAUUUCGGCGGUAAAGUUCAAAAUGACGUUCAGAUGCAUGCCGGCCUUUCAGACACUAGGAGCUGGAGAUUGCGGCGCGUCUUGGGACCGAUUGACUGGUCAUGGUGGCAUUUCUUCGCUUGGCGGCGGAAAUUCGUCACCAUACUCCGGUGCUCAUCAUCAUGGUCAUCGGGGGAAUGGAAACGGUGGCGGUAUGCCCCAUCAUGGUGGUGCAUCUUUGCCAACGGCGUCAGACUUUCAACCCCCAUACUUUCCACCGCCUUUCCCGUCGCAUCAUCACGCGCCCGCUAGCCCACAGCAUCCGGGUCUUGGGCAACCUCAACACCUGGAUUACCUCGUCGGUGAUCCUUACACGCAGACAUUGAACACGCUUCAUCAGCAUCACUAUAAUCACCUGAGUGCGGCCGUCACGGCGGGACAGAGGAGCGGUGAUCUCAGAAGAGACACCGAAGGCAUCCAUGUGACGAACAUGCACGCAUCAUUUCCUUACGAUGGCGGACGCAGUGGUGGUAGUGGCGGCGGAGGUGGCGGUGGUGGUGGAGGAGGCGGGGGAGGUGGUGGAGGUGGCGGAAGGGGUGUCGAAUAUGGUGCGGUACGUCGUCCUGAUGCACUUCUACCACCCCCGGGCCUUGACCAAACCGACCUAGUUCUACACACAAGCCUCGUUGACGACCCCCAGAACACGAACGUGGACGAUGGAAGUUUUAUGAACGACCUACCACUUCUAAAAAACAUGAAACCUUCGGAGAGAAGCGAAAAGGCCAUGCUGACAGGGAACGCGCAACCUUCGGACGUGUUCUGUUCAGUUCCAGGACGAUUAUCGUUACUCAGCAGCACCAGCAAGUACAAAGUUACGGUAGCCGAGGUACAGAGACGGCUCUCGCCACCUGAAUGUUUAAAUGCCAGUCUUCUAGGUGGUGUUUUACGAAGAGCGAAGUCUAAAAAUGGUGGACGAUUGUUAAGGGAAAAAUUAGAGAAGAUUGGUCUAAAUCUGCCAGCCGGUAGAAGGAAGGCUGCCAAUGUCACACUAUUAACAUCCUUGGUAGAAGGAGAAGCAAUUCACCUUGCCAGAGAUUUUGGUUACGUUUGUGAAACGGAAUUUCCUGCGAAACAGGUCGCAGAAUACCUCAGUCGACAACAUUGCGAACCGCAAGAUUCCUACAGGAGAAAAGAACUUCUUCAUGCCACCAAACAAAUCACCAAAGAGCUGAUGGAUCUUCUAAAUCAGGACAGAUCACCACUCUGUAACACACGACCACAACACAUACUCGAUCCGAGUAUACAAAGACAUCUAACGCACUUCUCCCUCAUAUCGCACGGAUUUGGUAGUCCAGCGAUCGUUGCCGCUCUCACGGCGAUACAGAAGUUCCUAAGCGAGUCACUGAAUCAUCUCGAGAAGAUGUAUCCAGGGAAUGGUAGCGGUGUGACAAGCAGUCAACAAUCGAAUCUUGACACGAAUAAAAACAAGGACAGUUCGUUAAUGAACGACAUGAAAAAGUGACGCCCGGAAGACCCGCCUACCUCUAAUGUGGUCACGUCAAUAAGGCAUUCCUGGCCAUACAAUUGAGAAAGAGAGAGAAAGCUUUCUCUUAACCUAUCACAUGUGAUAGAAAAGCUGACAGUGGACCACUAAACACACACUCACGUAUGCACACAUGCACACCACACAACAUAUUAAAGCAAAAGAAAAUUAGAAAAGUGCGUGGUGGGUGUUGCGCGUGUUGUGUUGUGUUCACUGAGGUUGGCUGGUCGGAGAAAUUAUGAAAAAUUUUAAUGAAGAAAAAAAAUAAGAAAAUCAAAUGCGAUUGAUGAAACACAUGAAAAUAAUACUGAGAGAAAAAAUCGAUAAGGAUUUAUAAAGGGGAGGAAGAGAAAAAGAGGAUUAUUUGAAGAAAAUUACCACGAUGGAGAAAGAAGAAUAAGGAAGGAAUGAGUGUUUAAGGGGAUUUCCCGAAGAAAGAAGACGAGAAGGAAAACAAAAAAAUAAAUAGUGCAAUUUUCACGAUCGAAUAUCGUUUUUUUUUUCUUUUUUUUUUUAUCUUUUCUCGAAUUGACUUUUGCGAAUCCUCAUCUGUAUCCGAAUUCUUUGACGAACGUGGGAAAAUAGUAGCACGUAUAUAAUAUACAUAAUAUAUAUAUAUAUAUAUAUAUAUAUAU